ACUUCACGGAGCCAGCCCGCCAUUGGGGUCAAGCAAACAGCCAAGCCUAGGAACCGAGAGAGUGUGGUGCCUCAGAUGUUGACCCUGGCCCAAAUGUUCGGCUCUGGCUCGGGCUAUGUCGGCACUGACAACAACAACACGCCUCACAGUGACACGGACACUGAAACUGACAUCAUUGAGACCUGCCCCAGUCCUUUGAAACUCGCUCAGCAGCUGACUCAUAUUGAAUUGGAGCGAGUGAGCAUGAUUGGCCCUGAGGAAUUCGUGCAAGCUUUUUCAAAAGAACGACUCGAGUCUGAGCAUUUGAAUUAUCAUGACAUGAAGUCCACGAGGAAUCUGGAAUCUUACGUCCAGUGGUUCAAUCGGCUCAGUUACCUGGUCGCCUCAGAAAUCACUUCACAUAUGAAAAAGAAGAACCGUGUCAAGAUGGUGGAGUAUUUUAUUGAUGUGGCAAAAGAGUGUAUCAACAUUGGCAACUUUAACUCUCUCAUGGCUAUCAUUGCUGGCAUGAACCUGAGCCCUGUCACGAGGUUAAAGAAAACGUGGGCCAAAGUGAACAGAGACAAGUUGCAAAUUUUGGAGCAUCAAAUGGAUCCGAGCAACAACUUCAGCAGCUACCGCUCGUGUCUCAAGGCCGCCAUGUGGAGAUCAGAAGGGGCAGGAGAAGAAAGAGAAAAGAUUGUCAUCCCAUUCUUCAGUUUGUUCGUGAAAGAUUUGUAUUUCCUGAAUGAAGGGUGUGCAAGCAAACAAGAGGACGGCACUGUCAACUUCCAAAAAUGCUGGCAAAUGGCCAAACAAGUCUCAGAUCUCAUUUCAUGGCAACAAGUCGAGUGUCCAUUUGAGAAGAGCAGCUCAGUUCUGAACUACAUUCUCACGACCCCAGUAUAUAAAGAGUCCAUGUUGUCUCUGGCUUCUUAUGAGUGUGAAACCCCUGACAACAGCUACGACAGAGAGAGAUAUAAGCAGCUCAAGUCUCAAAUGAGCUUAUGACUACGCGACAGAGUGGAGAAACCUUCAUACUCAUGCAUCCCCAAGAUUUCACCAUCGUCAUCAUCAUCAUCAUCAUCCUGAUAGCCUCCCUUGAAACGCGCUAUCAUUAUAAGUUAUUGUUUUACCACCACACAUAUAAACUUGUCAUUCCGUAUCCAUUAGCUUUGUUCACAAUUCACAGUUGUUUACUUGUGAAUCAUCAUCAUUAUCAUCAUUAUAAUUAUCAUCAUCAUCAUCAUCAUCAUCAUCAUCAUCAUCAUCAUCAUCAUGUAUAACAAUGCCAACAUAUAGACAUAUCGUUAAACUCAUCACAAUUUGUGGUACAAAGCACAAAAAAUGUGCAGAAAACUUUGUGAUAAUGACACUGGUAAGGGUAUUGAUUAUGUAUCACCUUUACUGCUAGGCUUGUAGACAUCAGUAAUGUAAAAUAUGAACAGUAUGUAGAAAGAAUUAAGAGAAAAUCCGUAGACAGCUUUGUCAUAGAGAGCCAGAAGGACAGCCUGUCGCCACCAGGUCUUCGUCUUCAAUGGUUAGAGAAAAACAUAUAUAAAUAUACACUGGAAUAAAAGGUACAUAUAUUUAUAUAUAUAUAUACUGAUACCUUUAUUAUGUAUACAAACUUUGCUUGAUGAAUUUUGGCAGUGCACUGUGGAGACUAGACUGAACUAAUUUGAUACUUUGUUGUAUUUAUUUUUAAACUGACCCACUUAUUAAAAAUGUAACUGUACAAACGUUGCCAGAGAAUAUACAUGAUUUAAAUCUGUGAACAGAGACUUGCUGGUAUUUGCAACCUUUCAUUACACCUAACAGAAUCUUGUUAAUACUGUACUUCAAAUGUUCUUGAAUUUGUACUUUUGAAAAAAAAUUAAACAUUUUUUUCAUUGUACAAUUGUACAAUGGAGUAGCAGUGAAGAUAAAACGUUUGUAUUUCAUUGAUUUGUACUUUUGAAAGUUGAAGUAAGUGGAGUUUGUUUGGGGUUUUUUCCCCCCACUGCAACUGGCAUUGUAAGUGAGCCUGUCUCCACAGGAUUUGUCCCAGCACCAUGUAUGUAUGAUUAGACCAGCCAUGUCCUGACCUGUUAUGUCUGAAGACUGUUGGUGUAGGGAUGUAUCAUGUAAAUAUAACAAAUAUUUUGCGGGAAGGGGGAUCGUCUACCAAAUAAAUUCCAAGAACUUUGAUUAUACUAAUUUGCUUUGAUGUGCAGUCCACUCCAUUUCGUCACGCUCAUAAGAUAAAUUCCCAAGUCAUUUUUAGCUUUUUUGAGAAAAUUAGGAAAAAAAACCCAUUUCUUUCAAACAAUUGACUCUGUUAAAACCCUUGAGUUUUGGAACGCUCAAUUGAUUUUAUAUUUGGAUUAUUCUUUUGUCCAAGUGAACUAUAUUACCAAGCUGACUCUGCUCUUCCUAUCAGAAACAAAAACUCCAAACCGGACAAAACUGACAUAGGCAAUUAUCUUAUGAGAGCAGCAGUUGUUUUGUCCAUUAUUAUGAAAUUCUACUUAAUUAAACGUGGAGAGUUCUGUCCUCUGCAAGCUGAGCUUGGAAUUGUCUGAGAAAGUUGGACGACUUAAAGAUGGGGUAAAAGGAAUGUAUUUCAUGACUGUUGGAGCAGUAAGCAAGGCUCUAAUGACAUUAUGGUUGGCAUUGAGUUUUGGGACCUUUCAACUCAAUUAUGGGAUAUUGAAGAGGCGGGACCUCUUAAUUUAAUGUCCAUGUUGAUGUGAAGUGAGAUGAAUCAUUGUUGUUCUAUCGAGGGUUUGAAUUGACUCUAAAAUCUGGUCUUCGCUAACAUAGUCGAGUGUCUUAUCAUUUCAUCGAGAUCAUGCUCAUCUCCUUUCCCUCAUACAAGAAGUUAGUGAUUUGUAACAGGAAAUAAGUAGUCUUGUACAUUCAUCUCCAUGAAAUUGUAUCUCUUGUUCAGGGAAUUUACACAAGAGGGACUUACAAAGGAAUAUUUUUAUGCUGCUGAAAAACUGUAGUUGUGACAUGUCCCUGUAAUUUUGAUGUGAAUGUUGAAUUGAAUGCAGUUUCAAACACUUCUUGAAUGGUUAGGAUUCAAAGAGCCGGUACCAUAUUGGAACUUAACUUGAGAUGUAAAGUAUAUAUCACUAGAAUCCUAGCAUCCUUUUACUUUCACCCCUCACUGUCAAAUUUAGAAUAAGCUGCUGAGCUUUUAUACUUGUAAUUUGUCCAUGAGCCUUUGAAACCAAAUAAUUUUUAACAAGCCAUCAAUUAUGUCUUGGAAGUUGUCUUACCAUGUUUUGUAAUUGUUGCUAAAUUUUUAAUAUUACUUAGAUCCAGCAACGUUGGAAGAAAGAAGUUGUUUUUUAAUGAUUUGUAUUUAUAAUUCUUGUAGUGAGUAUUUGCAGGUUCAAUUCUCUCAAUACAACAAACGCAUCUGUGAACAUUUUCCACAUGGAAUACGUUAUAAAAUGUACACCUUAGAUUAUAAUUUUGCUUCCCACCCACUUUUGUUGACCAAAAGUCUACAAUUAUUGUGCUUGUUUGUGAAUCAAAAAUUGUUUUUAAAUAAGAUAAAAUAAUUUACUAGAUCUAGUUAAAUUUUUCCUUCUGUGUUCCUUCCUCAUACACAACUAGUCUAGGUCAUUAUGUCAUAUUUUUCCUCCACAGUUACAUCUACAAAUCCAAAUUUGUUUGGAUGCUAUUUCACCUUGGUUUUUUUUAUUAAACUGAAGCAUUCAAAUUAUUUUUUUAUAAAACUAGUUCUGCUCCACAAGUAGAUUGUGUUCUCAACUGCAGCAGAUCAACAAAUCUUGUUUGAAAGAAGUAGUGUGUAUGCUCUAUACAAUUGUUGAACUUAACAUUAAUUUUCUGUGAAUAUCAUUCAUAACCACAACCGCUGCUUCUAACCAAAAUUUCACAGGGAUUACAUAAAAAACUGAUUGUGAAAGAAGUAAUUCAGAACAAGAUACCGCUCUUCAUUUUCACUACUCAAUGCAAGACUCCACGCCAAACGUCACUUUUCAGAAUGGUGUAUUGUGGGGUCUGACACUAAGCAAUCGAUUUGAAGAGGUGUGAAAUAAAAUUUUAAUCGUAACUGGAUAAAAAUGAUGAAUUUUAUCAUUUACUUUUCAAAAGAUAAAGUAAAUUGCAGUGCACUGCUUCGAGAACGUUUUGCCUGUUACCUCCAAGGAUAUCACCAGCGUUCAACUCAAUCUCGAAAUAUCACACCUUUUCAGCUUCUUGGCUUCUUAUUUUAGAACCUGUACAUAGUUACAUUUUCAGCUCUGGUGAAUUUCAUGAAAAGAAUUUCUGUAAUUAAUCAUUAAACUAAUCUCUGAGAAAAUAUAACUUGAAGCCUCAUUUCAAAGAUAUCAUGCAGAUUAAGUAAUGGCAGCUUGAUUCAGACCUAGCACUGAUGACACAAUGAAAAGCCCCUUUUCCUGUAAGCUUUAAUGGCUUUAUUUUGUGUCUUAUUAUAUCAACUAAAUGACAUGUUUUUACUGAACUGGGUAAGAUUUAUCUUUCAGUCAGAGAUUCUCCGACUGUGGUUAUGUUUAUUUGGUGAUGUGAUGUGUGUGUCGUCAUGAUGCAUUAAACAAACACCAUACUACGCAUUGAAAAACUCUUUUAUUUCAAAUUAAAGAAAUAAAAUUUCUUUUUGCCA